CUUCCUCUGGUGGCGUUUGCGGAAAGGGUUUGUUGUGGGAGUGGGGAGGGGGCGGUCGGCCGGACGUCCAGCAGGCCGUGCGGUUCGCCCCUUCAGCCGUCGCCCACAUGCUCGGGGGGCGGAGUGGGCCGGGAAAGUGAGGGCCAAAGAGGGGCGGCGGGGCUGCCGUAACUGCGGCCGUGCUGCGCGGAGGAGCGGCGGGCUUUGUGGGGCCUUCCGUAAUUGCCCCUCUAAAGCCCCCUCUGAAACUGCCCUUAUUGCAGCCCCUCCGGGCCGUGAGAUCCCCGCCCCUCUGGCUUCCCCCAGCUUCCCUGGUGCCUGCCCUAGUCCUAGAAUUACAGAGCUGGAAAGAAUCCUGGGGGUCAUCAAGUCCAACCCCCUUCUGCAAUGCAGGGAUCUCAACUAAAGCAUCCCUGACAGAUGGCCACUGCCAGCCCUGCUGCCCUGCCUCUUCCUCCUCUGCCUGCGCUGAACAGGGGAAUAACAAAGUGUUAAAUGCUGGACGACUCUUUUGCAAGGUGCUUUGGUGUUUAGGAACUGGAAGAGAUCAACAGCCAUAGCUAAACUGUUUAACUGUGAUGUUAAAUCAUGCUUCGGCCAGGUCCCAAUGGAUAAAUCUUUGCUGUCCGAAACCCUGCCCAGAGAGGAAAAUACACUUGCAGUUGAGGAGCUCCAGAUAACCCAAACAACAGGCAAUGUUCCACCAGCACAACAAGGAUAUCGCUAAGUGAUGUAGUGCUACGCUGGAUACAGCCCUUGGUUCUGCCAUCCAUGCUUUCCCCCUCCUGCCUUUGAGGAGACAUGGCCACCACAAACCCUUUGGAAAACCUCCAGGUAGAAGCCAGCUGCUCUGUUUGCCUGGAGUACCUCAAGGACCCUGUGAUUAUUGACUGCGGCCACAAUUUCUGUCGGGUAUGCAUCACCCGCUGGUGGGAAGAUCUGAACCGGGACUUCCCCUGCCCCGUCUGCCGCAAGACUUCGCGCCAUCGCAUUCUGAGGCCCAACCGGCAGCUGGGCAACAUGGUGGAAAUAGCCAAGCAGCUGCAGGUCACGAACAAGCGCAAGGUGCGGGAUGAGGACUUAUGCGAGAAGCACAAUGAAGUCCUACACCUCUUCUGCAAGGACGACCAGGAGGCCGUUUGCUUAGUGUGCGAAAUCUCUCACGAACACCGCUCCCACACGGUGGUGACCCUGGACGAUGCCUCCUUGGAGUAUAAGCAGGAAAAGCUGCAGAAAUGCCUGGAGCCACUUGAACGAAAGCUGCAUGAGAUCGGCCAGUGCAGAUCCCGGGAAGAGAAGAAGCCCGGGGAGCUCAAGCGGAAGGUUGAAGACCGCCGCCAGCUCAUCAUCCGAGAGUUCGAGGAGAUGCAUUUGUUCCUGGAGGAGGAGCAAGAAGUGCUGAUGCAACACCUGGAGGAUGAGGAAAAGGAGAUCUUGCAGAAACUAAAGGACAAUGUGGCUGAACUGUCUGAGCAGCGGGUCUCCCUCAACAGCCUCAUGACGGAAAUCGAGGAGAAGUGUCUGCAGUCAGGCAUGGAGAUGCUCAAGGAUGUGAAGCACACCCUUGAAAGGUGUGAAGAGGUGCAGGCCCAGAAGCUGAAACUGGUCUCCAUCGAGCUGGAAAAGAACUUCUGCAACUUCCCCAGGCAGUACUUCGUCCUGCGCAAAAUCAUCAAGAGGCUCACAGGAGAUUUGACCCUCGACCCCGAGACGGCCCACCCCAACUUAGUGCUCUCCGAGGACCGGAAGAGCGUCAAGUUUGUGGAGCAACGCCUGCGGGACCUGCCCGACAGCCCGCGGCGCUUCACCACCUACCCUUGUGUCCUGGCGACAGAGGGCUUCACUUCGGGCCGCCACUACUGGGAAGUGGAAGUGGGCGAAAAGACCCACUGGGCCCUAGGGGUUUGUAACGAAUCCGUGAGCCGCAAAGGGGAGACGACGUCCCUACCAGAGACUGGCUACUGGCGGGUGAGGCUCUUCAACGGGGACAAGUAUGCGGCCACUACCACCCCCUUCACGCCCCUCAGUGUCGCCACCAAACCCAAGCGAGUGGGUGUCUUCCUGGACUACGAGGCUGGCAGACUUUCCUUCUACAAUGUGACGGACCGCUCCCACAUCUACACUUUCACUGACACCUUCACGGAGAAGCUGUGGCCUUUUUUCUACCCAGGAAUCCGUGCCGGACGCAAGAAUGCUGCUCCCCUCAUCAUUCGGCCUCCCACGGACUGGGAGUGACAAGAUGGCCAAUUCUUCUCCCUCUGCCCCCCCCCGGGCAACCUUGUUCUAGGAUUAGCCCUCAAAGGUGGUUUUUAUCUGAAUGAAAUUGAAUAUAUUUGAUUAGAGCAUAAAGGAAAGUAGAUAAUUCAAAUAUCUGUUCCCCCCCCCCAAAAAAAAGACUAAAAUAUAAAUCUAAAUACCUUAUCAGAUGUAUUUAAGACAGUUUCUCAGUGGAGAAGGAUGCAAGGGAGCAGGAAACAAAAGUUUAUCUGUUCCCCCCCCCCGAAAAAAAACUAAAAUAUUAAUCUAAAUACCUUAUCAGAUGUGUUGAGGGAGUUAUUUAAGACAGUUUCUCAGUGGAGAAGGAUGCAAGGGAGCAGGAAACAAAAGUUGCAUCAACCCCAGCCGGGAACGGCAGAAGGAAACGUGCAAAGGCUUUCAAAAACACCACUGAAGGUGAGGGAGGGGGACCCUACAGAAAUGUUGGUAUUUAACUUAUUGGCUUCACAUUUCCUUAAAGGGAUGCGAUGCUAAUGAAGGGAAUAUUCCCACAAAAGCCAAGAGCCCGUUUUGGAGCAGUUCGGCUUUUGUGGAGGCCAGUGAAGAAAUGGGAUUCCUUCUGCUUUCCCAAACUUCAAGCGGGGCUUAAAUCAGACGGUGAUGCUGAAACUUCGGAAAAUAAAAGAACAACAAAGCAAGCCACACUGUUUGCAUUGGCUGUGGGCAGAGCUGGUCAGAAAUGUGUGUGAAUGAGAGCGUGGCAGACAUGUGCUACAUGGACAGUGGAGGGAAGUGACCUCUCUGAAGGGAUUCAUCAUUGUGUGUGUAGAUUGCAGAAACCAUCUCUUUUUUCCCUUCGCUGCCCCUUCUACACCUUAUUCCAGGGGUAGCCAACCUAAGGCCCGUGGGCCGGAUGUGGCCUAGUCGCCUUCUCAAUACGGCCCACGGACGGUCCAGGAAUCAGCGUGUUUUUACAUGAGUAGAAUGUGUGCUUUUAUUUAAAAUGCAUCUCUGGGUUAUUUGUGGAGCAUAGGAAUUCGUUCAUUUAUUCCCCCCCCCAAAAAAAAAAAUAUAGUCCAGCCCACCACAUGGUCUGAGGGACGGUGGACCGGCCCACGGCUGAAAAAGGUUGCUGAACCCUGCUUUUCAGUGUACAGUGGUGCCUCGCUAGACGAAUUUAAUUCGUUCCACGGGUCUUUUCUUAUAACGAAAAAAUUCGUCUAGCGAAUCCCAUAGGAAUGCAUUGAAUUUUUUUUCAUUGAAUUUUUUUGCCCAUAGGAACGCAUUAAUUGAAUUUCAAUGCAUUCCUAUGGGAAACCGCGAUUCGCUAGACGAAAACGAAUUCGUCUAGCGAGGCAACCUCCGCUAGAAAAAACCUUUCGUUAAGCAGGGCAUUCAUUAAGCAGGGCAUUCGUUAAGCGAGGCACCACUGUAUACAGAAGCAGCCUCCUGUGGUCUUGGUAGAGUACUGUAAUGUACAUGUGAGAAUAAAGCAGGCCAAGGAUGGAUCCUUUCCUCUUGAACACCCCAGCACUCCCUGGGUAGAGUGUUAAGAGAUCUCUAUGGACUAGGGCUGGGCAAUACCCGGUUUUCAGCAUCGCAAUAUAUUGCCAGCUAAACAUCACGAUAUACUGAUACACCACAACGUCUGAAAUGAGGCCUUGGCUGGCUUCACGGUUUUCCCGACAUUGUGAUUUUUUGUAUAGCACACAAACGCACAUCAUGGUUCACAAUAUAUUGCCAGGUCAAAAACUUUGGAACCAAUAUCGUGAUAUGGACUUGAAACCAGUUCUGGAUGAUAUAUCGAUAUAUUGCCCAGCCCCGCUAUGGGCUGCACAGCCCUUGCAGCUAGCUGGCAGAUCUGGACUGAAGGGUAUUGGAACAGAGUUUCUGUCUCAGACCCAGGAAGCAGAGCUGGUCUUAAGUCCCAAAUUUUAUCCAAAGGGCCAGUUGUAUGAUUUGUAGUUGGCAGCAUCCAUUGGCUUUAACUCAAGCUGCUAUCCCAAAGUCUUUCAUGAAAUGAAUGGCGUGUAUUGUGACGCUUGCCUGUGGGCUGUGAAGAGGAAUGCCUAGCGGCAUUCGCCACGGGUAAAAGUAGUGUCCACAGAUGAGUCAAGGGCAAUGGCCUGCAAUGGAGGGUGAACGUUUUCCAGUAGUUCACUUGAAUGCAGGAAAAGUCUUCUCUGCUAACAUUUCUAUCCUGAAGUUCACCGAUGUUGCACGGCUUAGCCAAAUGUGAGGCGGAGGGAGCAACAUAAAAAAACACUUCUUUGGGCCAUGCUUUAGGGGAAGUCCGCAAAAUGCAGCUGCUACGUUUACCUGUUUGGAACGCAGACUAAUCUGGCUGCACUGUAGUGUGACAUCAUCACACAAGCUUGGAGGUUCUUAAGCAGAGGUUGGGUGGCCAUCCCUCAUUCUGUGAUCUCAGCUUUGCUGCUCCUGCCUUAGGAAGCAGCCUUUGUUCGGGGAGUUUUCAUGGAGGAAUGGUGCUGCUGCUGCUUGAAGCUGGGGAAAGAAGCAGCUUUCGAUAGGUGACAAGAGCAAAUAAGAAAGGUAAUGGGGAGCAGAUGAGUAUGCCAGUGUGGUGUAGUGGUUAAGAGCGGCAGACUCGUAAUCUGGGGAACCGGGUUCGCGUCUCCACUCCUCCACAUGCAGCUGCUGGGUGACCUUGGGCUAGUCACACUUCUCAGAAGUCUCUCAGCCCCACCCACCUCACAGGGUGUCUGUUGUGGGGGAGGAGGGGAAAGGAGAUUGUUAGCCGCUUUGAGACUCCUUCGGGAAGUGAUAAAGCGGGAUAUCAAAUCCAAACUCUUCUAUGCAACUUUCCCACCACUGCCACUCGUCGUCCUGAGAGAUUCCACCAGAGUUAAAAAUAUUAAAAGUUAUUACAGAAGGUAUGUAUGUUUGUGAUUUGUAAAGGACCCCGGACGGUUAAGUCCAGUAAAAGGCGGCUAGGGGGUUGCUGCGCUCAUCUCGCUUUUAGGCUGAGGGAGCCAGCAUUUGUCCAGGCAGUUCAAAAGCACACCAGUGCAAGUAGAUAAAUAGGUACCACUGCGGUGGGAAGGUAAACUGCAUUUCCGUGUGCUCUGGCUUCCACCAUGGUGUCCUGUUGCGCCAGAAGCGGUUUAGUCCUGCUGGCCACAUGACCCGGAAAGCUGUCUGUGGACAAAUGCCAGCUCCCUUGGCCUGAAAGCGAGAUGAGCGCUGCAACCCCAUAGUCGCCUUUGACUGGACUUUACUGUCCAGGGGUCCUUUGCCUUUUUAUGUUUGUGAUUAGAAUACCCUUGAGUGCAAAAUAUGUAUGUUGAAUAAAGAUUCCAACGGCCUCCGAACAUGGCAGGGGAAAUUCCUCCACAGCAAGGCCCUCCAGAUGGUGAUGGACCACAGCUGCCACAACCCCGGACUCUCGACCAUGCUGGCUGGAGGGGAUUGAAGUUAGAGCAGUGGUGUCCAAACUUUUUUCAAAGAGGGCCAGAUUUGAUGAAGUGAAGGAUUGUGAGGGCCGACCAAAGUUGCUGACCUUUUUUUUUAGGGUUGAAGUUGUUGAGGGUUUUUUAGGAUUUUACCCCAGGAAAUGAACUGCCACAGGGACCGGAUUAAACCGACCGGCGGGCCAGAUUAGACCCCCCAAAACAGACUUUGGACAUGCAUGGACUAAGGCAACAUCUGGAGGGCCACAUGUUUCACCACCCACCCCGUUCUAAGACGUUCAAUUCGCAGUUCAGCCUCAGGUUAGCUAUAACCCACCCCUCCCGGUGAUGCCCUGUUGGGCUCAGCUUGCCUCCACCUUCCAAUGGUAGUGUCUGGAGUUGUGUGAUUGACUUGUGUAUGUGUGCGUCUAUGCGGGUGAGGAAGCUCUGACUUGGGUGCGUCCAACCCUUGAGCAUGAGUGGGCUGGCAACCCACAGCUUAGGGCAAGGUCUAUGUCUUGUGGCUUUUAAGAUUAUUAAUAAAAUCUCUUUGUUUUAUUUCGCAAUGA